AUGUUUUGCCAUAUCCUGCCCUUCUUCUUGGCUGUUCGUGAGAUCAACCAGAGCCCAAGACUCUUACCCAACAUCACGCUGGGCUACAACAUCUAUGAGAACUUCUUCAAUGCAAGAAUAACCUAUGAGGCCAUGAUGGACUUCCUGUCUACAGGCCAGGAGAAUGUGCCAAACUACAGAUGUGGAAGGCAAAAGAACCUGCUGGCAGUUCUUGAAGAGACAGAAUCUGAACUUUUUGAUCAUAUUUCAACUUUCCUGGGCAUCUACAAAAUUCCACAGUUUGUAAAGAAAGCAUUCAAGUGUUCCCUUUCAAGGCCUGUGUUGUCUAAGAAAGUUUGGGAAAGAUGCACAGAAAAUGAGAUCCAGGAAAACCUGCCCCAUGCUAUGGUUAAAAGAUACCUGUUGAAUGAUGGCUCCGGUAUUUCUGAAGUAAUCCAAGCUGUGGCCUGGAUCCUCAGUGCUGCUUCUUCCUCCCAACUUCACCAGUUCAUGAGAAACUUCCAGCUUCAAAAUCUUUCCAGGGAUGGAGUUUAUUUGGAUGAAAAUGGGGUUCCCUUUGCUGACUUUGAUAUCAUGCACUGGAGAAUGUUUCCCAACAAGUCCUCCACUGGGACUUGCUACACUGCCAAUUGUGUUGCAUCUUGUGCAACCUACAUUAUAAAACAGAAAUAUGUUACUGGAAUAGGUGUCAACUUGAGAAUACUGCAGAAACGGAUACAUGCUAACCACUGUUUUUCAGAUGCAGCGCAUUGCAGCAGGUGUCCAGAUGACCAGUAUUCAAAUAAAAAGCGAGAUCAGUGUGUCCUCAAAACUAUAAGCUUCUUGUCUUACAAAGAAAUGUUGGGACUCCUCCUGGCUUCCUUUGUCCUUGCUUUGUCCCUAACCACUGCCUUUGUUCUGGGAAUCUUCAUUAAAUACCGAGAAACUCCCAUAGUCAAAGCCAACAACCGGGACCUCACCUACAUUCUCCUGGUUUCCCUCCUCCUUUCCUUUUUGACCUCCCUUCUAUUCAUCGGUCAGCCCAACCAAGUGACCUGUUUUCUUCGACAAGCCACGUUCAGCAUUGUUUUUUCUGUUGCUGUGUCCUCCUUGCUGGCCAAGACUGUUAUGGUGGUGGUGGCUUUCUUGGCUACAAAGCCAGGGAGCAGGAUGAGGAAGUGGCUCGGGAAGAGUCUGACCAACUUUAUUGUAUUUUCCUGCUCUGGUGUUCAGGUGGGCAUCUGCUUCAUGUGGCUUGGAAUCUCUCCCCCAUUUCCAGAUUCUGACCUGCAUUCCCAACCAGGACAGAUCCUUUUGCAAUGCAAUGAAGGCUCAGUCACCAUGUUCUACAUUGCCCUUGGCUACAUGGGCUUCCUGGCUGGCAUUUGUUUCUUGGUGGCUUUCUUGGCCAGAAAGCUGCCAGGGACUUUCAAUGAAGCCAAGUGGAUCACCUUCAGCAUGUUAGUCUUCUGCAGUGUUUGGGUCUCAUUUGUCCCCACAUACCUGAGCACCAAAGGGAAAUACAUGGUGGCUGUGCAGAUUUUCUCCAUCCUGGCUUCCAGCUUGGGUUUGCUGGGCUGCAUAUUUAUCCCCAAAUGCUAUAUUAUUAUGCUGAGAUCUGACCUGAACACAAAGGAGCAACUAAUGAUGAAAAUUAAAGAGGCCUCCUAG